GGGACAGCGGCAGCCAGACAGACAGACAGAAGGUAAGGCAGCUGCCGAGAUCACCGAGAGCUGACGACCUGGCAAACGCGGGAGUGGCCAAAGCCUCCGCUCAAGUAAGCGCUACGAGCAGAACGGAAACCCCAUCAGGUCCGAGUUCAGCGGACACAAUCCGUUCCACUGGAUCAAUUCGGACAGUUUUUAAGUUUGUUUCGGUAAGGACACAGCAGCUUCAGCCGGGUCAGGGAACAGCAGCGGCACAGACUGACACGCGAGGAAACAUCUCCUUAGCGGGAAAUAAGCAGAAGAGAAUUGAGUUUGGGGAGCAUGGCGAAUGAAGAAGCCUAUGAUGAUUUUCUGAACGACUAUGACAAUGGAUCUUAUCACGAUUACAGGAAUUACACCAUUGACUACUUUCAGUACCAUCACCUGUGUGAGAAAGAUGAUGUCAGACAAUUUGCAAAAUACUUCCUGCCACUGUUCUAUGGAGUAACGCUGAUAGCCGGGAUUGCUGGGAACUUUAUGGUGGUAGCCAUUUAUGUCAUUUACAAAAGGAUCAAAUCCAAGACAGAUUUAUACAUCAUGAACCUGGCCAUUGCUGAUUUGCUGCUGCUGGUUACUCUUCCUUUCUGGACAGCCUACUCUAUCCACGGAUGGAUAUUUGGAGACAUCAUGUGUAAGCUCUGCUCAGUGCUGUUUGAAGUGAAUUUCUGCGCCAGUAUGCUGUUUUUAGCUUGUAUCAGUGUUGACCGCUAUCUUGCCAUCUCCCAGACAACCAGGCCAGCCACAAUGGGGAGGAAGGCUAAGGUCAUCUGUCUGUGUGUCUGGCUGGUGGCUAUAGUUCUCAGCAUUCCCUAUUUCAUUUUCUCUUCAACCAUGAAGUUCGGUGACCGACAGCUCUGCAGACUCCUUUUCCCUCCACAGAAGGCCAAGACAGCCAGGGUGACAGUCCAGGUGUUUGACAUCCUCCUGGUGUUCGCAAUCCCAUCACUGGUUAUGCUGUACUGCUAUUCCGCUGUGGCCAAGGUGGUUUACAGGAGUGCUGGUGGAAGGAAGCACAGGGCACUCAGGGUGCUCCUGGCAGUCGUGGGUUUCUUCUUCCUAACUCAGCUGCCAUAUAACAUCAUCAAAUUCUGCCGCCUGCUGGACGUGAUCCACGCGUUUAUCCAGGACUGUGAGAUCAGUAAGAGGGUGGAUAUCGCCACACAGGUCACCGAGACUAUCGCAUUGUUUCACAGCUGCCUCAACCCAAUCCUGUACGCCUAUAUGGGAGCGUCAUUCAAAGGCUACGUCCUGAAAGCAGUCAAGAAGAGCAGAUUUUGGCACCGGAACCAGGACACGACCAUUGCUCUCGAGAGCUCCUUCAACUCUCUGACCCAGUCAGAGCAUACAAGCAGUUUCUCCAUCUAGCAAUGCAACUGAGUGGAGAUUCUGGCAAAGGAAACCUUCGAGGAUUCCGAACCAGAGUUUCUACCCUCUCUCUGGUACCUCUUGACCUCACUCCCAGGAGGACUAGCUCAAAUGUGUAGACACUAUUCCACAAUCCCACACCGCACCCCAAUCCCACACCACACCUCAGUCCCACACCCCAAUCCCACACCAUACCCCAAUCCCACACCACUCCCCAAUCCCACACCAUACCCCAAUCCCACACCACUCCCCAAUCCCACACCACACCCCAAUCUCACAUCCUAAUCCCACAUCACUCCCCAAUCCCACAUCACACCCCAGUCCCACACCAACACCCCAAUCCCACACCACACCUCAGUCCCACACCGACUCCCCAAUCCCAUAUCACACCCCAGUCCCACACCGACACCCUAAUCCCACAGCGAUUCCCCAAUCCCACAUCACUCCCCAAUCCCACACCCCAAUCCCACAUCACUCCCCAAUCCCACACCCCAAUCCCACAUCACACCCCAGUCCCACACUGACACCCCAAUCCCAUACCGACUCCCCAAUCCCACACUCACACCCCAAUCCCACACCGACUCCCCAAUCCCACACCGACUCCCCAAUCCCACAUCACACCCCAGUCCCGCACUGACACCCCAAUCCCACACCGACUCCCCAAUUCUACACCGACUUCCCAAUUCCACACCGACUCCCCAAUCCCACACCGACUCCCCAAUCCCACACUGACACCCCAAUCCC